GUAUAACGUAUUUCGUAAAUCUAUUAAUCUUUUAAAAAUAAUAGCUAAAUUUGUGGAAUUUAUAUUGUGAUUUGAGUGUGGUAAUCUACCGCCAGUAAUUAUGGCGACUACAUCGUUAGCCGAGCAACUUCAAAAGCUUUCAGCGCCCCAGACAUCGUUAUACAAAGACGAUAAGAAGAGGGCUUCUUUACUUUUCGACCCUAAAGAAGCGGCACUAAAGGAUCGCGAUACCUUCUAUGAAAUCGGUGUAAGCGGGCUUCGAGAAUUGAUCGCCCUCUACGAAGGCUUUCGACCGUACCAAGAUUCCUUAUUUAGUGUGUCAUCGAAAGAUUUCGAGAGGGCCGUAGAAAGCAAGGAAGUAAAUAAAAAUUUGGACCACACUAUCGAGAAGUUUCUUCUACAGCUGUCACCCUACUUCUUGCUACAAUCGUCGCACAAGGCGCUAGAAUGGUUGGUGAACCGGUACCAUAUUCACCAGUAUAACCAGGAUGCUAUUAUGACUCUAAUAUUACCCUAUCAUGAAACUAAAAUUUUCGUCCGGUUUAUUCAACUGUUCGAUUUAAAGUCGUCAUCAAAUCGGUGGAAUUGGCUGGAGCCUCUACAGAAGCAUGGUGUGUCCUUAACUAGACAGGUUUUGUACAACCAGUGUGUAUCCAACACUGGUACUCUACACUUUAUUUCAAAUAUGACAAUGAAAUAUGUGAAUGAGUUUGGUGAGAGGUGUUCUCAGCUGAACACUGUGUUUGCAUUCUUCUGCUCCACUGCCAUAGGAACAAUAAAUACUACAAAGUUUGUCACGGAAGCCAUGAUCACUUCUCUGCUGGCACCUAUUGUUAAUGGCAUAGUAUCCAACAUUGCAGAUUACAGAUCUUCGGCAUACAUUAUUUUGGGCUACUUGUCAACAAAAGCUACAUUUAAAAAGAAAACUAUUGAUGAAAUCAUCUACAAAGUUUUUACAACUGAAUUUGAUUUGACUUAUGAGGCAGUAACUCUCAUCUCCUUGAUAUACACCCACCAGAGACAUUUGAAGAAAAUGCCAAAAGAUAUUUUGAGCAAUAUUUCAAGUGACGUCAUGAUGGUCCUCUGCACACAUUUGAAAAAACUGAUUGAGCUCAAAAUAAGUGUUGAGGCAUUUGUGGAAAUAUUUCUCAAAAGUGUUUUGCCAAUUUUACAAAAAGAUAAGGAGGAUUUCAGAAUAAUGUCUCAACUACCUGAGAUUCUGUUGGACGAGGUUGAUUUGAAAGGGCAACAUCCAGAAAAUGUUAUAAGAUGCAUUCUAAAAACAUUUCACACUAAAAAAGACAAGGAGGAGGAUGAUGAAAGUGACUUAGAAAUAAUUGACGAGGACAGUGAAAAUUUCACAAAAAUGGUCACAGAAUGGUAUUCCGUUGUUUUGAAGAAACUAGAAACUAAGUAUCCUGAUGCAUUUGACUCAGUUAUCAAGAAGGAGAUGAGCUCCGACAUAUCACCACAUAGAAGACGGCAGUUGUCACAAAUUCUAGGUUUUAAGCCGGCAGUAGCACACAAAGUGGGGGACACAUUUCUUUUUGAAAAUUUAAACCAUAUCAAUGCUGAAUUGCGAGUUGAAGCUGUAAAGUACAUCGCUAAAGAGUUCAAUUCAUUGAAAUUGGAGAAUGAAGAAUUCUUAAAGGAUUCAAUUGUUGCAAGAUUAACUGACGAUAAUAUAGAGGUGGUUGAUGCAGCUCUGUUGAUCCCCAAUAAAAAUCUAGAAGAAGUCCUGGAUGAAAAUAAUGUGACUGCAAUAUUUACAAGCAUCGUGUCAAAAGAUGAUUCCGAAUGGAAGCCGAUAAUAAAGAAAACUAUUACUAAAUUUACUACUCUACAAAACCUGCCAGUGGAUCAAGAUACAGUUUUGGCUGUAGUACCCUACAUUUUCCCACAAAAUAAAAAAUUUGCUGACCUUUCUCACCACAUUAUGACAUCUACAUGGGGCAAAAAAUUUGGUUUGCAAACUUUAAAGUCUUCAAAGCAAACCAAAGAUAAUCAUGAACUAAUUUGCCAGAAUAUUUUCAAUGAGCUCUUUGUUAAUAGAAGUGUAGAUUUUAAUAAAAUACUGGAUAUAAACCGAGUGAAUAAGCAGAGUGUUUUGGAUGUUUGUUUAUACAUACUUCUAAAGUCAGCCUCAUUGAAUCAGUCAUCUACACAAGAUGUGACAGAUAUUCUAGAUCUACUUCUAGAAACUAUUGAGAAGAGUACAAUAAUUGCAAGUUCUGUGCAAGCAUCAUUUUCGUCAGCCAAUAUUACAGAGUUCAUCACCCUUGCUAAGCAGAAUAAAUUAUUAUUUGAGUUUAUGGAGUAUGUAUUUUAUAGACUCAUUGAGCAAGUAAGUAACAAAGACAUAACAAAACCCUGGUGCAAUAUUCUCAGCACACCAGAGACUGUUCUGGUGCGAAGACUAUUUGAAAUUUUUAUUGCUGGUUGUGGCAUACCCACCUAUUCCAGUAAUUAUGCAAAACUGCUACAGGAACUUUUGAAAAAACUGUUCAAUAAUGGUAAAGAGAGGUUUGAGUUUGUUUGUAAUGUCGCUAGCGCUCAUAUUCUUUAUGCAACCAACUCAAAAGAUGUAGUGAACCCUGAACUCCAAAUAAGAAGUCUUAAAUUGAUUUCAAAUUUCAUAGCCGUUCAGAGAGACUCAAAAUGGAUUUACGAAUCUGAUGUACUCAUUGCCACUCUGCUGUUCAACCUUAACCAUCCCGUUGCUAUCAUUAGAAGAUAUGUCACUGAAUUAAUGAAAGAUCUUCAAGAGUAUGAUGCUGAUAAAAAUCUAGUGUAUGUGCAAUUGCUGAAAGAAUUACUGGCUCACGAAGAAGAAUUAGUCUUGGAUCACGAACAAAUUCUGCAAAUUUUAAAAACUAUACUCACUCAUGAUAAAGUUGGGAAUAAGCUCUUCCGUAAAAAUUGUCUUCUGAAACUGACUGGGAUACUGCUAGGAGACACACCAUCACACGUAAAAUGUAAUUUAGUUAAACUUCUAUCGGCUAUCAAUACUGGAAAUAGCUUUUCGCACAUUGUCCCCGCUUUGAAUCAUCUAGAAAAGAAAAUGAAAACUAAUGAGUUGGACAAAAAGUUCGCAUUCGACAUUUACGAGUCCAAUUUGCUGAGAAACGUUUACAGUCAAAUAAACGAGAGUACUGUUGCUGUAUUUAGUAAGGAACAAGUCUGGAAGUCAAUCGAAGCGGGAUUAAAAGAGUAUAGAGAGUGUGUGCUGAAUGAAGACCAAACAUUUUCGAGUCCAUGCGCUCUCAUUAUGAAAGAAAUUACAGAGGAUGCUUUCAAGAAAGUACCUACAGAGAAAGUAAAAGAUCUGGUCUAUCUUAUCACAUCUGCUGGCACCUUUAGCGGCAACUCUUCUAUCGCCAGUGUUGCGUCCAAGGUUAUGAAAAAGUUGCAUUUGAAUUUCAAAGACUACAAGCCAAUCUUAGAAAAGAUGCUAAAUGCGGUAGAUCCUGGCGCGAAUGUGCCAAAGAAGAAAAAGACAUCUGUAUCUAUGUUGUCACACCAGCUUGUCGAAACUGAUGAGUGGCGUAUAGGGGUGACUCUACUCGAGUACGUCCAGAAUAAGAAGAAAAUGACCGUCGAUAACUCCUUCGUCGCUAUGAUGUUCCAGAUACUCAAUAAAUGUUUGCGGUUUGAGGAGCAGUCGUACGUAGAAUAUACGAAACAACUAAUACUCUCGUCUCUCUGGUUCUACAGCAAGAAAUUCGUCGACGAAACUGAGAAAGACCAAAUGAAGGCUUUGAAGAAUAUAUUCGAUGUGGAACUUGUGGUGCAAUGUAUUCGAGGCACCCAAAAUCCCCAAACACAGCAUCAUGCCCUGAUUCUGCUGUCGCAUGCCGCGUACAUGCUGCCGGAGCAAGUUCUUCAUCAUACAAUGGAGAUAUUCACCUUUAUGGGCUCAUCGGUUCUCAGACACGACGACGCAUACAGCUUCCAAAUUAUAAUAAGAAUCAUCGAAACCCUUAUCCCUAUAUUGGUAAAACUAGACAGGAAAGUCGAGGAGUAUUCGGAGAAGGAGCUUGAAAAACUUCAAAAGCGCGUAGUGCCCGUGCUGCGGAUAUUCGCAGACGUAGUCCUACACGUUCCGGAACAUAGAAGACUGCCGCUCUACAAGAAGUUAAUCGAUACGUUGGGUCCCAGCCAGUUUCUAUGGGUAUUCCUGGCUUUACUGCUAGAGACGCAUAUUGCGCACUUCAACGACAAUAAGAAGAAAGAUACGAGACCUCCGAGGACCUUAGCCGAUAAAGAGUCCCCAGUGAAUAGGAUGGACUUCGGCCAGAGCAUCUUACUAGAAUAUCCUCCUGAAAUAUGCUUGGACAAUUUUAUAAAACUGAUGCUCUACAUGAAGUCACUACCUAUGCAGAAGGACGAGAAUUCUAUGGACACCGACGUCGAUCCGAGCGACAUAUUCAGUGUGAACGGACACAGUCCAAUCCAACUGAGACACUACAAAUACGUCAUCGUUACCUUUAUGAACUCAUUUAUAUCGUCGUCAAGAUUUGUCCAGCACUGCACUCAAGUUACUGACGCGAAAGCAAUGGAGACCAACUACAAGACGUUCAUCAUCAACACUUUGACGUUCAUUCAAACUAUUUCUAAGGUUACCGAUGAGAAAACUGCCAAAUAUUGGCGGGUCAUGCUUCAUCACAGCUACGACCUUCUCGAUCAUACAAACAACCUGCUUUCUGCUCCAAUGUUCUUGUCAGUUAUCCGAGGGCUGCUUAUGCACACCAUACACACGGUUCGUAGGAAAUCCAUGGAACUAUUGAACUCUAAAAUACAGUUUUCUCCCGAAAUGUUUGCUGAUGUUGACCAAGAGUUGCUGUUCUCGCUGCUGCCGCCGCUGCUGGAAAUUGUCAAAACGAUAGAUAAUACUGAGGAAACUGCUAAAGAUAACGUAGUGCAGGAGGUAGAACUGAACCAACAAGCUGCCUUGCUAUCGUUAAAACUCCUGACUCGUUUAUUAGCUUCCUCUAACCCAGAACCAUUUAGACCAGUUCUGGAGACGGUAACAACUUACACCUGCAAUCCCAAUAUCAAUGGAAACGUGAUGGCGUCCGUGGUGUUGUGCUUGGCUGAAUUGUGCUCCAAUCUGAAGGCGCACGCACUCGGUAGCUUGAGGAAGUUUAUGCCCGCCCUGAUUAAAGUUCUAAAGAAACAACGUAAGGCAGACACGCCCGAAUUAGUUCUGCUGAGCACGGUGACUGCUAUAUCGAAGAUAGUCGAGAGUGUGCCGCUUUUCCUGAGUCCAUAUUUGCAGAAGAUCUUGUACGAGUACUCCGUUCUGUUGGGCAAAUGGCAGGCGUCCGAUCAGGAAAGUAAGGUGGUCGCGAAGCUUGUGAACAUCAAGAAGAAGAUAGCCACUUCCAUUCCACCUCGAGUCUUAAUUCCCGUUGCCAACGAGACCCAUCAGUUGAUUUUGGAGAAGGAAAACUACGAUGCUGUGGGGCCCCUCAUGUCUGUAUUGGCUGAUAGUUUCGUGAACGUUACCGCCGCUGAUUUUACCGCUUUGCAGCAGGAUCUGACGACCUUCUUCCUGUCAGCUUUACAACUAAGAAGCGACGCGGCCGAAAAAGACGUAGACGCAACAGUCAUUGACAAAGCGGAGGGAGAAAUUGUAAACGCUUUAGUCAACUUGGUGCUGAAACUGUCGGAGACGAGCUUCAGACCGUUCUAUUUCAAGAUCUACGACUGGGCAAUACGGACUAAUAUUGAUGGACAAAAGGAUAGGACUAUUACUUUCUACAGACUUAGCAGCGUCAUUGCCGACAAACUGAAAGGACUCUUUGUGUUGUUUGCGGGUCAUUUCGUAAAAAAUGCUGCAGAACUGCUAGACGCAUGCAACAACAGCAAGACCGAAGAACUAUUCUUCGAUUCCGAGGAGAAGAAUAUAGCCUUGGUCAAUAACAUAAUUAAAACCCUCCAAAUAGUGUUCUUGUAUGACACUCAGAGUUUCCUCAAUAAGAGCAGGUUUGAGACUCUCAUGCAGCCUGUUGUAGACCAGUUGGAGAAUACCCUGGGUGGAGUACCAGGUCUGAAGUCCAGGGCUACGGAGCUGCUGAUACCGUGCAUAUCGCAGUUCGCAGUGGCUAUAGCUGACGAUUCUCUAUGGAAGUUAUUGAACUAUCAGAUACUCUUGAAGACGAGACACAAUGAUUCUGAAAUAAGGCUAACAGCACUGGAAUGUCUAGUAGCCAUGGCUUCACAGCUCGGCAGCAACUGGCUACCUCUACUGGCAGAAAGUGUACCUUUCCUAGCUGAACUUCUAGAAGACGGUGACCCCAGAAUAGAGACAGCCACCAAGAACGCUGUCAGAACACUCGAGCAGAUACUAGGCGAGCCUCUGGAGAAAUAUUUCUAGAAUCUCUUUGAGUUUUGCUUAAAUAUACGCAACAUUUAUAUAACAGGA